AUGCCUUCGCGCAAGCCUAGCAAAUUCGGUAACAAAUUCCGAUCGAGCGCAGCAUCCUCCAAUCCCCGACGAACAAAGACUGUGGAAUUCGGAUCACUUCGUUCUAGCGAAGCGACCUCUCAGGAUGAGAAAUUCGAGGCCAUUCGGCUGGCCAACAGCAUUGAUGAGUCCCUGGGUUUCCCCCGUUUUGAAUCGGGGGAGACCAGGGCCGGCUGGCUCAUUAAUAUGCACAGCACCACAAUACAGGAUCCAAACGUACCGGGUGGUCGCGCUGGCGUCGACUACUAUUUCCUUCAAGACGACGGAGGAAGCUUCAAGGCCACGGUUGAAUACGAUCCUUACUUCUUGAUUGCGGUCAAGAAAGGCCAUGAGAUAGAAGUUGAGGAAUGGUGCCGAAGGGCUUUUGAAGGGUUGAUCAAGAGCUUCAAACGUCUUGAUAAAGAAGACCUGAGUCUUCCAAAUCACUUGCUCGGACACCGGAGGACCUUCAUCAGACUGAACUUCGCCAACGUUCCCAAUCUCCUCGAGGUCCGACGAACCCUGCUCCCAUUGGCCGAAAAGAACAAGAAGAAUGCAAACGUGAUGGAUGCGUAUGUCGAAAUGACAAGUGCCGCGGCUGGCUUUGAUCUUUUUGAUGACGAAAUAAUUAAUGAGCAACGACCUAAUGGCAAUACCCAAGCGAGUGAUUUUAUUGUUGAUAUUCGGGAAUAUGACGUUCCGUAUCAUGUGCGGGUCUCGAUUGACAAAGAUAUUCGCAUUGGGAAAUGGUACGAUGUUGAAGCAAAGCACGGCGUGAUCUCAUUGAAAUGCCUCGAAGAGAGGCUUCAACGUGCGGAUCCUGUAGUGCUGGCCUUCGAUAUUGAGACGACCAAACUGCCAUUGAAGUUUCCUGAUGCAGUGAUCGAUCAAAUUAUGAUGAUUUCAUACAUGAUUGAUGGCCAGGGGUUCCUGAUCACGAAUCGAGAAAUUGUGUCGGAGGAUAUCAACGAUUUCGAGUACACGCCCAAACCAGAAUACAACGGGCCUUUCAUCAUCUUCAAUGAGCCCAAUGAGAGAGCGGUUAUUGAGCGAUUUUUUGAACACAUCAAAAUCGCCAAGCCCACAGUCAUUGCUACAUACAACGGUGACUUCUUCGACUGGCCCUUCGUGGAAGCAAGAGCAAGUGUGCAAGGUAUCGACAUGUACAUGGAAAUUGGCUUCCGCAAAAACAGCGAAGACAUCUACCAGAGCGACAACUGUGUGCACAUGGACUGCUUCGCUUGGGUGAGCCGUGACAGUUAUCUUCCCCAAGGAAGUCGUGGUCUGAAAGCUGUCACAGUCGCAAAACUAGGAUAUGAUCCAGACGAGCUGGACCCGGAACUCAUGACUCCCUAUGCAAGCGAACGACCACAGACCUUGGCUGAAUACUCGGUCUCCGAUGCCGUCGCAACCUAUUAUCUUUACAUGAAAUACGUGCAUCCCUUUAUUUUCUCUCUAUGCACUAUCAUCCCUCUCAGCCCCGACGAUACAUUACGAAAAGGAACUGGAACUCUGUGUGAGAUGUUGCUCAUGGUGGAGGCCUACAAAGGCGAGAUUGUCUUGCCCAACAAGCACAAGGACCCUCCAGAGGCGUUCUAUGAGGGCCAUCUACUGGAGUCGCAGACAUACGUCGGUGGUCACGUCGAAAGUAUUGAAGCCGGUGUCUUUCGAAGUGACAUUCCCACCGGUUUCAAUGUGGACCCUGGUGCCAUUGACGAGCUAAUAAGAGACCUGGACCAUGCGUUGAAGUUCAGUAUCGAGGUUGAGGAGAAAAAAUCGCUGGAUGAUGUAGUCAAUUUUGAUGAAGUCAAGGCUCAAAUUGCCGAAAAGCUUCUCGACCUGCGAAACAACCCAACUCGAAAUGAAGUUCCAUUCAUCUACCACUUGGAUGUUGCAUCCAUGUAUCCGAAUAUCAUGAUCACCAAUCGUCUCCAGCCAGAUUCCAUGAUUGAUGAAUCGGAUUGUGCUGCCUGCGACUUCAACCGACCUGGAAAGACUUGUGACAGACGUAUGCCCUGGGCCUGGCGUGGAGAAUUCUUGCCUGCGAAGCGGGACGAAUACAACAUGAUUCGGCGAGCCACAGCCAACGAAAGGUUUCCUAGUCAAAGGAAAAAUGGAUUACUGCGAGCAUUCGAAGAGUUGAGUAUCGAAGAGCAAGCCGGGGUUGUGAAGAAGCGCUUGCAGGACUACAGCAAGAAAAUUUAUCACAAAAUUCACGACAGCAAAACGAUGAUUCGAGAAGCGAUCAUUUGUCAAAGAGAAAACCCCUUCUAUGUUGACACAGUGCGAAGCUUUCGUGACCGACGUUACGAUUUCAAGGGGAAACAGAAGGUUUGGAAAAACAAAACGGAGGCGCUUCAAUCUUCCGGUGCAUCUGCGGCAGAGGUCGACGAGGCUAAGAAGAUGAUCGUUCUUUUCGACUCCUUACAACUUGCCCACAAAGUCAUCCUGAACAGUUUCUAUGGAUAUGUCAUGCGAAAGGGUUCUCGAUGGUAUUCCAUGGAAAUGGCUGGUGUCACCUGCCUUACAGGAGCUCACAUCAUCCAGAUGGCCCGAGAGCUCGUAGAGCGCAUUGGGCGCCCGCUAGAGCUCGACACUGACGGUAUCUGGUGUAUGCUUCCGGGUACAUUCCCAGAAAACUUCACCUUCGCACUAAAAAAUGGCAAAAAACUCAGUAUUUCGUAUCCCUGUGUCAUGCUCAACCACCUGGUUCAUGCGCGGUAUACGAACCAUCAAUACCAGGCUCUUGUGGACCCAUCAACCCACAAAUAUGAGACCUACAGCGAAAACUCGAUUUUCUUUGAAGUUGACGGUCCUUACCGAGCAAUGAUUCUCCCCACGUCAAAAGAGGAGGACAAGAACCUGAAGAAGCGAUACGCGGUUUUCAAUCAUGACGGGUCUCUUGCUGAGUUGAAGGGCUUUGAGGUCAAGCGAAGAGGAGAGCUGAAGUUAAUCAAGAUAUUCCAAACACAAAUCUUCAAGUUCUUCCUCGAGGGCAGCAACCUCGCAGAAACCUAUGCUGCUGUAGCACGGGUUGCUGAUCGCUGGUUGGAUGUGCUUUACGAGCACGGUGCCACUCUCGCGGAUGAGGAGCUCAUUGAUCUCAUUUCGGAGAAUCGCAGCAUGACCAAGACUCUUGAGGAGUAUGGAAACCAGAAGUCCACAUCCAUCACGACAGCGAGACGCCUUGCGGAGUUCCUAGGCGAACAAAUGGUCAAAGACAAGGGGUUGAACUGCAAGUAUAUUAUCUCGUCGAGGCCAAGAAACACUCCCGUCACCGAACGUGCAAUUCCAGUCACCAUAUUCUCAGCGGAGGAAUCUGUCAAGCGCUUCUUUCUUCGCAAAUGGCUCAAGGAUGACCCAGGUGACAUGGAUCCUCGAUCCAUUAUUGACUGGGACUACUACCUUGAACGUCUGGGCUCCGUUGUCCAGAAGCUCAUCACCAUUCCAGCCGCUCUUCAGAAGCUGAGGAACCCUGUACCGCGUGUCGCCCAUCCAGAUUGGUUGCAGCGGCGGAUCAACCAGAAGGAUGACAAGUUCAAACAAAAGAAAAUGACUGAUCUUUUCGAAAAAUCAGAGAAGUUGCCCCUCUCUUCAAUUUCUACCAAUAUUCUGGACCAUCGUGUUCAGCACGCGGGUGAUUUGGUAGACGAGGUCCUUGCUCAAUCGACUCAAAAACAGAAGAACUCCCCGGAGAGCAAGACUUCUCAAAAACGAAAACAUCCCGAAGCUGCGACGAAGACAGCACUUGACCCCUUCGCCAGUUUGCCAGCCAUCAUGCCUUCCAUUGCCGACGACUACCAGGGAUUCAUCAAAUACCAAAAGCAAAAAUGGAAGAUUCAGAAGCAAGCUCGGAUUCGCCGACGUCAGCUCUUCGGUGAGCGGACCAACGUUGCAACAGAUGGGCUCAGUAAUUUCUUCCGCAAUCAGAUGAUGUUGUACAUCAGUACUUGGCAAGUCCUGCAGCUCUGUGAAUCCGGCCGGCCGGGCAUUGUGCGCGCAUUCGUUCUUAUUGAUCAAAAAAUCCACGCUCUCAAUGUGAAGGUCCCGCGGCAAUUUUUCGUCAAUUUGAAGCGUGACUCGUUGCCAGACGUCGAGGUACCGGACUGCAAGGUAGAAAAAGUGAAUCAUACCUUACCUAAUGGACAUCCAUCCGUCCAUCUCUUCAAACUCUCACUUUCAGAAGAUACAUUCCUCGAGGAGUCGGACAAAAUGGACGCCCUGUUUCAGCAUCCCAGUGUUGAAGGUGUCUACGAACGGAACAUCACAUCCAGUCUUCGUGCGGUGCUCAAACUUGGGAGUCAGUGUACUUUCGAUGAAACCCAUCGUGGUGUCCUUGGUGAAGGAUUGGAGAAGGGAUUCGACCUCUCAACACUUCUCCACGCAACUUCCGAUCAACCGUAUUUGGUGGACUCUUCUCUGACGUAUCACUAUCUUUACCACGUCGCCUCUGGUGAUAGACAAAUCUUUGCUCUUUUCUCAACCGCCAAGAGCGAAGCGCACAUCGUCAUUCUCAACCGCACGAGAGACUCCCAAGGGUUGCCCAAUGUUGAUAAAAUAUAUUCGGAAUUGCUCUCUCGCAAGUUGCAGGACGCCUCGACUGAAGAGUCCCAAAAUGCCUUUGAAUACCAGGACAAGAUCCACUUCAAGACGACUCAGGUGAUGACUCGUCGAAAGGCUCACCUUGAAGUGGGCGACCUGAUUCGCAAACUGAGGAAUGACGAGACCCAGCCCGCAAUCAUGGUCAUUCAGUCACAGCAAAAGGACCGUUUAUGCCACGACAUCCCGGUGCUGAAGGACUACCCAACUCUGGCUGUGAAGCCCGAGGUCUCGGAUAUGGAUCUCCCACCUCUCGGAUGGCAAGCAUUCAUCGCUCGGCGCAUUGUCACACACUACCUGUAUCUGGCAGCCUGGAUCCAACAUUUGGCUUUGCUUGCGCGAUACGGAGACGUCCCACUUUGCAACUUGGAGACCGACGACCCUCGUUUCCUGAUCGAUGUUGCGUACGCUCGGCGGUUGCAGCAGAGCAACGUCGUUUUGUGGUGGUCUAACGGACCUCGACCCGAUCACGCUGGCUUUGAAAAAGACGACAUCGUCGGCCCGCUAGAGAAGGUCAAUAUGCCCUCCGUCAACACACCGGGUGCAUAUUCAACGGUGUGCAUUGAACUGGACAUUCGCAACCUGGCAAUCAAUACCAUCCUGACAUCUUCCAUCGUACAUGACAUGGACGGGGGUGAUACCCUGCUGGCCCCGUCCGCGAACGGGACAGACGAAUCGGGGAUUCUGUACUCUGAGAAAGCGUUUGCAUCCGCUGGCGCGUUGGUGUUGCGAGAGAUGGUCAAAAACUGGUGGACUGAAGCGUGCGCUGGAAACAGCAUGGCGGAUAUCAUGGUCCAACAUCUGAUCCGUUGGGUGGAGAGUCCCAUUUCAUGUUUGUAUGACCGGUCCCUGCACAAUUACGUGCGUUUACUCUCGCGAAAGUCAUUCCAACGCCUGAUGGCCGAAUUCCGACGGGUGGGCUCCAAUGUGGUUUUCGCCAGUCCCACUCGCCUUCUGCUACAGACGACCAAGACCGAGGUCGGCAAUGCUUAUGCCUACAGUCAAUACGUGAUCAAGUCCAUUCGAGCCAAUCCGUCAUUCCACUUUAUCGACCUGGACAUCAAGGAAUACUGGGACUAUCUGGUCUGGUACGACGAGUACAACUAUGGUGGCAAGGGAUGCCAAAAGGUGGUGGAAGCCGAGAAGCAAGAGCUCGAGACUGUGAUGCACUGGCAGCUGGGCCGUUUGUUGCCCACCCCCAUGCAGACCAUCUUCCACGACUGGGUGGUAGAGUACAUUGAGCUCAUGCAUGCUGCCAAACAUCCCGAUCUUCAGGAGAAUGAGAUAUCGUCAACGCCGCGCCUGACGCAGAUUCCCAUCGGAAAGCCAAACGACGUUGACGACGAAGGCUUGUCCGCUGUACUCGCGGAACGGUUCUCCAAGCCAUUAAAGAAACAGAUCUCGGGACUGAUUCGCCGCCAGCGUGAUGAGAUGCUUCACCCCGAACUUGUCUCCGACUAUGCCUUCCCGGUACUUCCCGGCGUCUUGGUUGAUCCCAAGGGCGACAAGCGUAAUCCGGCUCUUGAGCUCGUCAAACUGCUCAUGCAAGUGCUCAGUCUGUCGAAAACGACCACUUUGGAAUCUCGGUUGCUCCGUCGGGAGCUCCUCGCACUCUUUGAAGUGCGCGAGUUCAGCAAAGAGGGCCGCUUUGAGAACCCCAGUGCCAACCUGAAACUCUCUGAGCUCACCUGCAAUGCCUGCUGUCUAAUCCGUGACCUUGACCUGUGCCGGGACGAGGAUGUCCUUUCCGAGCCGGGUGCCGAUAAUGACAAGGCGCCCAAGCCGUGGCGGUGCCCCUUCUGUCAAACCGAGUAUGAUCGGUUGGCCCAGGAAGAGAUACUCAUUGGGCAAGUGCACAGCCUGGUCCUUGAGUGGCAGACCCAAGAUUUGAAAUGUUCCAAGUGCAGUGGAUUGAAAGUGAGCGAGUUCAUGGAACAUUGUUCCUGCAGUGGUAAAUGGACUGCCACGGUCGAUCUCAAGGAAACCGAAAAGAAGCUGCGUGUUUUGCAGAGUGCUGCCAAGUUUCACAGUCUGCAGUUGCUGGAGGGAGUCGUGGAGGAGGUGCUGGCCCAUUUGUAA